AUGGAAUCCCCAGUCACUAAGACAAUGCUGGGCAAUGGCGCCCAGCAACUGCUCCCUGGCCAGGGCACUUCCUCAUCUGCUGAGGUGACUCCCUGCUUCAGUGUGGAAUGUGUCCACCCUGGAGCCAAGUUCCUCACAAAAACAUGUGUGUUUUGGGGCCUGCAAGGUUGCCCUGCAUGCAGUCUAGUUCCCAGCCCAGGACACGUCAUUCUUUGUGAGGUGGCACUCCUUACUGUGAUGUCACAGUUGUCGCUUUCACCCCUGUGGCAGCGGUGGGAGCGGUGGCUCAGUCCGCUUGUGGGACGCGCAGGAAGUGAACCCAGAGAGAGCUUUGUGUCUAUCUGGAGACAUCCUGCUGUGAUGAAGCGGCUGAGAGCCCUUCGAGGUCUCUUCGCCUGUGUGGGCUGCAUGCCCAGAUGUACACGUCGCAGGGAGAGAGGCAGGGUGGAAAGCCCUGUCCCUGUCUGUGCCGUAACCUUACUGCUGCAACGCCUGCAAGACCAGGAGGGUGACCGAGCGCAGGCGUACUGCGAGCUGGAGCACGUCCUGUGGGAAGGUGACAGCCGCCCGCCGUGCGGAGUGGUGAACCGGCUGCUGGCAGAGGUGUCCCAGGACCUGACAGCAGCCCAGCAGCUCCUGCCUUGGGAGCGCAGGUGCAUUGCGGGGCACUGGGGGCUGUUGAGCGAGUGUCUCAAGGCAUUUCUCCCCUCACAGGUGGAGCUGAACAGCACGAGAGCUCAGGCCACACGCAGCGCUCUCAUCCUCGCCCAUGGCAGCUUGGCACUGCGAGCCUCCAAGGAACAGCUGCUUGCCCGCCUGGAGGGAGACAUCGUGGGCAACAUCCUGCUGCUGUACAGCUGCAGCUGUCAGGACUUGCAGAACAAGCUUGCGCUGGUGCAGAGCAUCACUGACUUCAGCUCUGCCGUCCAUGCUGUGGGUGGCUCCGCCUUCUUUAAUCCCUCCUUGAAGGGCAAGCUGCUGGAGAUCCUGAUGGACUUGCUGAAGAAGUAUUACAUGGGCACCCCUGUAUCUCCAGUGCCCCUGAAGGUGAUUCUGGCCCUGGAGCAGUUGAGCAAGCUGAAGCCCUCUAGAGGAAGCAAGGACAUGAGUGAAAUGUUGACUCUGUGCUGCAAAAACAUUGUGACGCACCCUUCAGCCAAGAGGAUGCUGAAGAUCAGGAAGUCACAGCAAGCAGCACAGUACCUGCAGCUUCAGCAAACAUCGUUGAAAGCUCUGGGCCGGCUCAUGGUGGUCCUGCUCGAGACAGAGCCCACCCUCAGCUUCUUCCAGAACAUAGUCCAUGUUCUGCAGAGAUCAUUAACAUCAGACAACAUGUGGGAGCGCAAGAGGGCCCUGCAGACCUGCUCCCAGCUGCUGGCUGCUUGUGAAGAGCUUCAAAGAGGAGAUGCCUGCAAGCACUUUGGCUCCUUGGUGGGAUUGCUGGCACCUCUGACGUGUGACCUGAUGCCCACAUCCCGCCAGUUGGCCAUCGCCUGUCUGAGCUCCAUCCUCCGAAUCCAAGCCAAGGUGACCAACGGAGUCAUUGAGAUGGGCGACAUCGGGAGCCUGUGUGAGGGGCUGACUGAAUGCAGCACCACCUCUCAGCUCCGGACCUCAUCCAAAAUCGCAAGGAUCGUGUGCAGAAACUUACCCCUGGAACAAACUGUUGACUUCCUGACGGCCAUCAAGGACACCUUCCGGAAAGGCAAAGGAAUGCGUGUGCGUGCAGCUGGGAAUUGGAUGAUCACUUUUCUGCAGAUGCACAGGAAGAACAUCUGUCGGGACGUGCUGAUGAUCCUCUACAUUCUGCGCAGCUGUGCAUCGUCCAUGAAGCAGAGCACGUUCAUGCCCUUCCUGUGCCAGGCAGUGGUCAUCCUCACCCGCUGUGACACAGAGGUCAUGAUUGACAACUUUUCCCGGCUGCCUAAGGCCACAGACAGCGAGACAUGGAGGAGAAUAAGGGAGUUUUGUCUUCAACGGUGGGGGCGGUAGAAGAGGAGAGAAGAGGAGAGAAGAGGAGAGAAGAGGAGAGAAGAGAAGAGGAGAGAAGAGGAGAGGAGAGAA